AGUGUUUAAAGGCGGCGCUUGGAAGUACACUAGACGUAGGCGGGACAGCUCUUAGACUAAAGGAACGCAAGUUAACUUUGGGACCCGCUGUUUCAGGCAGACGGCGUGGACGUUGAGUCUGUUUGCACAAUUCGUCUCAGAAGUGAUUUUCGGAGCUCCGGGACAAUGCUAGAGAUUGCAGGAGCGGUUAUUCCCAGGCUAUUUUUUAUUUUGCACUCACUAGUUGCUGUGUGGAGAGUCACCCAUUCUUUACACGAAAGACAGUACGCUUUGCUCGCACUUCUCAAUGUGCUCCUCAUCGUUGAGAUGAUCUGGGCUCUAAAAAAAAGAAAAGGAAAAGAUUGUAAGUGGUUUUCUCCAGCAAUCCUAUUAUAUCUAAUCUGUGUAAUGCCAUCCAUUUGGAUUUUAGAAGUACAUCACCAUCAGGCGGAAAAUAAUGACAAAAAUGUUUCAAAUAAAUGCAUAGAGCUUAAUAAUGAACUGGCUGGUGCUAAUUCUUAUCAUCUAUCUUUUAAUCAAAACCUAACAGAGAUUUUUGAACUGUUGUCAUCUGCGUGUAAUGAUGCUUGGAUCUUGGGACUACAUCAAACACUCCUAAUCCUGCUGAUUGUUGGAAAAUGGGUUCUCCCAAUGGGUUAUGGAAUUACAAGAGAUGAGUUUUCUCAGCUGUUACUCAUCUUUGUCUCCAUUGCAGCAGAUAUCCUAGAAUUUACAACUGAGACAUUAUCUGAACCAAAUGUCAGAAAAAACACAGUCUUGGUGUAUGCAAUCCUUGGUGUAUGGUCAUGGAGUAUGCUACAGUUUCCAUUGCAUCUUGCAGUGCUACACACAGAGCCUUCAUCAGCAAGCCAGAAUUCCUCUGGAUCUUUGUUGUCAACAUACCGGGCAGAUAUUUGGAACAUCAUUGUAAGCCUUUUCAUUCAUGAUGGGCCUUUUUUUGUAUUACGAAUGUUCGUGAUGAUCCAUUUCAAGGUUAUUCAUCAAAUGCUGGUAUUUUUCAGUAUUAAGAACUUUUUGGUACUAUUAAUUCAGAUCUAUCGUCUUUCAGUGAUCUGUGAGGACUACAGAUCAAGACUACCACAUUAGCACAAUCUCAUAAUUAUCCCACUGACUUGUAUUUGAGAACCGUUUUAUAACUUGUUGUAUUAUUCUUAGCAAAUAAAUAUGUUUCAGAAACCAAAA